AUGUUUAUCACAUGGUUGUGCUUCUUGGUAACCACGAUGGGUGCUGUUGUGCAGCUGUUUGUAUUUCGAUGGCAAUCGCUACUCAUGAAUGAUCAUCCACUACGACUCGACAAGAAGUGGAUUCAUGCAAUUUGUAUUACGGUGUUCAUCAUAUUCAACAGCGCGGUAGUAAUAGCUGGAUUCACAAUGCCGAAUCGCCGUGACGAACUCAGGCCUAUCUAUACACAGGAAUACUCCUGUAUUGCCGAAAUGGCCGAUCAACCUGGAAUACAAUACUUCUUGCUUAACGAUUAUCGACGACUCCUCCUGGUCGUCACUGUUGAGGGAACAUUUGUAGCUGUGACAUCGCUUGUUGUAGUGUAUCUUACUUUUCGAAACUUCCGCUUUACAAAUGUUACGCAGAAAACGAUCGAUCUGCAGAAGAAAUACCAAAAGUCUUUGAUGUUACAGGUUAUGGUUCCUAUCUUCAUUGUUAUCGUACCUGGAUGUAGUCUCAUGCUGGUUGGAGCAUGGUCGGAUAUCCUUUCCGUUUAUCCGUAUAUAGCAGAAAUUCAAGUAAUAUACAACAUUAUUUUGUGUUUUCUUUCGUGCCAUGGAUUUUUCGGUACUAUCAUUAUGGUGUACGUUAAUGCACCAUAUCGGAGUUUUACGAUCGAAUGCAUGCGGAGAUGUUUCGGCAUGUGUAUGUGUCGCUAUUCCUCAGCCUUUGAUUUACGCCGUCGAAUAUCUGAGAAUCAGGUUCAAGACGGUCAACUACCAAAGUCGCCUUCCAAGGCUUAA